AUGGAUUUUAUAGACUCGCUCCAGUUCAUGUCUUCAUCUUUACAAAAACUUGUAGAAAACCUUGCCAAAGAAGGUUCUAGCAAAUUUCGACACAUGACAAGCCACUUUGGAGAAGAAAAAAUACACCUGUUUCUGCGAAAACAAGUAUACCCAUAUGAGUAUUUUGAUACCGAGGCAAAAUUUUUUGAAUCUCAACUACCAUCGAUUGAAAACUUUUACAGUACACUAUCGAGAGAAGGUAUAACGUCACUGGACUAUGCGCAUGCGCAACACAUAUGGCAACUGUUUAAGAUACAGAAUCUCGGACAGUACCAUGAUCUAUACGUUCUAUCAGAUGUCCUUGCAUUAGCCGACGUCUUUGAAAAUUUCAGAGAGAUCUGUCUCAACUACUAUGGACUGGAUGCCGCACAUUUUUAUACAUCACCCGGUUUAGCCUGGCAGGCUGCCUUGAAAAUGACAGGCGUCAAGUUGGAAUUACUCACUGAUAUUGACAUGCAUUUGUUUAUAGAAAAAGGUUUAAGAGGUGGAAUAUCAAUGAUAUCCCAUCGCCAUGUCAAAACUAACAAUAAACAUGUACCAAACUACGAUCCAAAUCAACCCAUUAAUCACGUGAUGUACCUAUAUGGUUUUAUAUUAGAAGUUGACUUAGAAUAUCCUAGGGAACUACACGACGAUCACAACGAAUAUCCACUCGCUCCAGAAAAAUUGAAGGUUACAAAUGAUACUUUAUCGCCCUAUGCAGAAAAGCCAUUGGAUGAUUUAAACUUAAAAGGAACUUCAACAGAAAAAUUGAUACCAAAUUUACAUCCAAAGCAAAAAUACGUGGUACAUUAUAGAAAUUUAAAGCUCUACUUAUCACUUGGAAUGAAACUAACAAAGAUCUAUAGAGUCAUGACAUUUGAACAACGACCCUGGCUAAAGACAUAUAUUGAUUUCAACACAGAGAAGAGAAAGCUUGCAACAAAUGAGUUCGAAAAGGACUUUUUCAAACUCAUAAAUAAUGCAGUCUUUGGAAAGACGAUGGAAAAUUUAAGGAAGAGAACAGAUAUAAAACUUUUGAAUGGCCAAUCAAAGGCCAGAAAAUUAAUCAGCAAACCAAAAUUUCAUGCCUUCAAAAUUUUCAACGACGACUUGGUGGCUGUUCACAUGCUGAAACAACGAUUAUACUUAAACAGACUUAUCUACGUGGGAUUCACUAUACUCGAUUUGUCAAAGACACUUAUGUACGAUUUUCAUUAUAAUUACAUAAAGGAUAAAUAUGGAUCUAGAGCAACACUCUUGUUUACGGACACUGACUCGCUAUGCUACAACAUCAACACUUAUGAUAUAAAUCAGGAUAUGAUGGAGGACAAUCACUUGUUUGAUACAUCAGAAUAUGAACCAAAUCAUCCACUACAUAGCACAUUGAAUAAGAAGGUGUUAGGAAAGAUGAAGGAUGAAACACAUGGUAUUCCCAUACAGGAAUUUGUCGGUCUCAAGUUGAAGAUGUACUCAUUGAUAUAUGAGGAGAAUAAACAACUCUGCGAGAAGAAGACAGCAAAAGGUAUAAAGAAGAGUGUGAUCAAACAUGACACAAGACACGACCAUUAUAAACAGUGUCUGUUCAAUAAAGAAAUCCAUAUGUCUACCAUGACACAGAUCCGUUCAUAUGACCACAAUCAACAAACUGGGCUUAUCCCCUUACGAUGA